GAUCCAAAUAGAUGUGACCACGCCCAUCUUCGAACUGCUGAACCAUCAUGCAGUUCACUUACUUCCGUUCCCACAAUGCUGUGCUUUGAAUCAUGGACCAGAAUGACAAUGACUUACAAGGUACAGAUGGAUCUGUAUCAUUGGGUGGACCCGAUGUGCGCAGAAGGAUUCCCCUGAAACUUAUUUCAAAGCAGACCAACAGAAGCAAGCCGCCUCCUCGCCCUCAAAGAAACAUGAAUCGAGUAGCUUCUAAACAGCAAAAUGCAGAUAAUGUGAUCCCUCGCUAUAUUGCACUUCGACUUUCGGCUGCCUUCCAGCAGCAGAACAAUAAGUUUGCAUCAAGUACCGCAAUGCUUGACAUACAUGAGCAGUACCACUUAAUUACUUUCAUUUCCCUAACUAAAUCUAAGGACAGUUCUUCUCUUUAUAGUUGCAAUGAUCCUGUCCAGCGCAUUGAACAGUGUCUUCGUGGAUCUCUAUUUAUGUGCAGCAUUGUGCAAGGCUGCAAGCGGACAUACUUAUCUCAGAGGGAUUUACAGGCACACAUCAACCAUCGUCACAUGAGAGGUGGAAAGCCAGUUACUGGACGCCCUCAAGGUGAUCCCAUUCACAUGCCAGCUAUAACUGGACCACCACCUCCUUCAGAAAUGACUGAGCGUUUCCUGAUGCCUCCGGAUAAGCACCACCUCCCUCAUAUUGGAGGUCCUAAACCACAUGUUCUUAUUCCUCCACCUCCAUUGCAACAUGUGGGUCAUGAGCACUACAGCCAGCCUCAUGAAGACCACCGGGCAACGCAGCCUCCACCCCAGUCUGCUGAUAUGAGUUCUUUGGGUCCCCCUCGCUCUGUGGGACAAGAAACUUUUCGUAUCUCCACAGUUACAACUCGUAAGCACAGCAAUCUCAUUACAGUCCCAAUCCAGGAUGACUCUGCAGGAUCUAGUACCAGUGGUGGACGUGAACCGCCACCCCCAGGCCCUGGCCCUGGCCCAGCCCCUCAUCAUCAUCCCAGCGAAUACCAGAAUCAGCCAGUGGUCUCACAUCCUCAUCAUAUGAUGCCCCCGCAGCAGCACUAUGGCCCACCCCCUCCCCCCCCUCCUCCAAUAAGCCACCCAAUGCAGCACCCUCCACAGGCUUCGGGGACUCCUCACAUGGUUUAUAACCCAGCUCCACCACCUCCCAUGACCUCUGCACCUCCACCCAUAACACCACCACCUGGACACUUAAUUGCCCAGUUGCCUCCAUACAUGAGCCAUCCUCCACCUGGUCCUCCGCCUCCUCAGCAUGGUGGCCCACCUGUUAGUGCACCUCCUCCCCAUCAUUAUAACCCUGGCUCACUUCAGCAGUUCUCUGAAGAACAAGGAACUCUUAGCCCACCUUUCAAUCAGCCUGGUGGACUUAGUCCUGGUAUUUGGCCAGCUCCAAGGGGACCACCACCUCCAAGAAUGCAAGGUCCACCACCUCAGGGCCAGAUGCCGGGACCUCAUCAUCCAGAUCAGUCUAGAUAUCGACCAUACUACCAGUAAUGUCCUAAUGGAGAGCAUUUGGAAAAAGUUAGACUUUUUGUUUGUGCAUUUCACUUGCAUAGGUUGAAUGCAGUGUCAUUAAAGAACCUGUUUUAAUUACCUUUUUUUAGCCAGUGGUUUGGGUGCUUACCAGAACUCUUAAAACUGUAACCUGGAAACCAAAAUACUUUUAAUAAUUGAAACAAAGUAUGUUUGAUUAAUGAAAUGUAUAAUCCUUAUUUGAAAAUGACAUUAAAACAAACUUGUCCUUCUGCUUGGGAUUGAAUUGUGUAAAUAACCUGGAUCAAACAUUCUGCAUUUGGUUUUCUUAGAAUUCAUGCGGAGGAAUUGGUUAAAUUUAAUUGUUUUGUUUUCUUAUGCUGUAACAACUAAAAUAAAUAAAUACAUUUUAAAAAUGUAA